AUGGCAACCAUUAAUAUGACUUCUAUUUCCUCUGCAAACGGACAGCAGGAGAUGAAGCACCUCUUCAGCCGCUUUGAUACUAAUGGUGAUGGUAAAAUCUCUUUAUCUGAGCUUCAACUUCUUAUGAAAACCAUUGGAGAAGAGCUCUGUUGUGAGGAAGCCAAAGCUUUCCUACAACAUGCCGAAUUAGAUGAUGAUGAUCUUCUUGACAUGGAAGGAUUCAUGAGAUUGGUGGAAAUGGGAACUAGUGAGGAGGAAAAGAGUUAUGAUGAAGAACAUGUGGUAAUGGAAGCCUUCAAGUUAUAUGAAAUGGAAGGGAGUGGCUUUAUUACAGAUAGGAGUUUGAAGAGAAUGCUGAGCCGCUUGGGUUCGUCGAGGCCGAUCGAGCAGUGCCGUUCUAUGAUUUUCAGUUUUGAUAUGAAUGGAGAUGGUGUGCUAUGUUUUGAUGAGUUUAAAGCCAUGAUGAGAUGA